AGUCUUUAGACUCGCAACACAGACCUUUGAAAGAUUCGAAAAUGUUCAAAUUGGUGGUGUUGUCCGCUCUCGUUGCCGUAGCCAUGGCUAAGCCCAGCCUAUUGCAUCAUGGAGAAUACGCUGUAGCUGCUCCAAUCAUAACCAAAACCUACGUAUCUCCUGCAGCAGUCAGCAGCACCUACAGGGAAGAUGUCAUCAGCAAACCAGCUCAUGUUACCUACGCUGCUGCUCCAGCUGUGUAUGCUGCCCCAGUUGCUGUCGCCGCUCCAGUCGUUGCCAAAACCGUAGUAGCUCCAGCUGCAGUAAGCCACACCUACAGGGAAGAUGUCAUCAGCAAGCCAGCAGCUGUAACCUACGCAGCUCCAGCUGUCGUAGCCGCUCCAGUAGUUCAAAAAUUUGUAUCAGUUGCUUAUGCCGCACCAGCUGCUCUCAGCUCUAGCUACAGAACUGAUGUAGUCAGCAGCCCUAUUGUCGCUCACGCUUAUGCUGCUCACGCUCCAGCCACUUACGCUUAUGCUGCUCACCCUCCAGCUGCUUACGCCUACGCUGCCCAUGCCCCAGCUGCUGUCCACGCUUGGUAA